CGUGGUUUGAAACGCGCGUGUCCAAGCUGAACACUACAACCCGCGGACACAACAAAACCCUUCAAACCUUUUUAUAAAACAUAAAACAUUCAAAAAUAUCCUUAAAAAAGAAAAAUGUGACGAAAACGCCUCGUGUCCUUGCCCUCGGUGUGACUUGGCAUAAAAACGUGAGGAGUACCCUCUCCUCAGCGACCAGAUGAGCAGUUUCAGUGCGACAGGGAGAAGAGUAAGGCCACGAAAAUUGCGCCCCACGGCAGUCCGGCGCGAGCGUACAUCGCCUACCACAAGCUGGGUGCCGGCAUGGAGCAGACAGAGACGCCGCCCCAGGACUGCGAGUGUGGCGUCCACCCCUCCGUCUUCUAUCUGCUGGCGACGCUGCUGCUCACCAGCUGUUCAACGGCGAUGCUCUGCGCGGCCAUCAUGACAGACCACUGGGAACAUGUGGUGUGGGAACACGCGGCGCUGGCCGCCCUGGCCAACGCCUCCAACACCGCCCUGCAGUGGUUGCUCGAUGAGAAGGUGGCUAAGAUCGAGGAGCCUGGUAGAAAAGGAGGGGGGACAUUCCUAGUUCCAAUGAAUGGGGGUAUUUGGACCAUGUGCGUGUCACUAGAAGAAGAAGAAGUGACAAUACUGUCUCGAGCUGGGUUUCCCACUGAGCCGCUGUGCACAAACUACCUGGCUGAUAAUGAAGAUGAGGAGCCCAGGGCUGAUUGGCAGCACCGCAUGCAGAACUUGUCGAUCUCCUGCGCACUAGUGUGCCUCAUCGUGCUGGGCAGCGCGGCGCUGGUUGGAGCUUUCGGGGUCUGCAAGCAUCAGAUCAGCGCCGUGCUCAUCACAGGAGUGAUGUAUCUUUUAGCUGGACUAUUCGCAAUGUUUACAUUAAUGAUAAUCCACUUCAAGAGAAUCCAACGCGUAUCCUCCCGAGGAAGUUCACAUGGGGACGACACGGGGGAUGGAGUGGUGGGGAACCAAGCUCCAGCGAUCCCCCUACUGUCCGCUAGAGAGUUUUCUACCUCCUGGUCUUUAGAACUAGGGUGGGGUGGAGUAGCCCUAGCAUCCUUAACUUCCCUCCUAUGGAUACUCCUUUCAAAGAUUAUGAGAUACAACCCUAUAUCCGCUAUGCUGUUGUAAAGUUUCACUAAAACUGUCAAUUACAAUACGAUGUUUUCGAUACCUUGAGAAGUGCAGCACUUAGGACGCAUUGUGUGAAAAGGAAUUUUGUGCUUAUUUGAAAUAUUUAAUGAAUUGUUUAUGUAUUUAGCCAGCUAUUGUGGUUCUUUGGAAGCUACUUUAGCACUAUCGUCGUGGUCUAAGCUGUGACACAUGGCAGCUCCAUACAGAUGGAGUACUAACACGCGCUCUUCUAUAGAAUCUUAUCUAUGUCAAAGUACCUACUACGUUGCCGUUUGCGAGCGUCGCCCGAGAGUAAGAGUGUCACUCGCCAGUGUUGUUUAUCUGCAAUAUCAUGUCGAGUCAAGGCCUUUUGGUGCCGUACUAAACACGACAAAAUUAUAUUGUACUUACUGAACAAUUUAGAGGGUGGUAGCCCCGCCAAGUCAAAAAGGCUCGGAGCUAUUCGGCGUAAUUUUGAAUCCUCAUAAUUUCAGUCGGGUGUCGUCUUAUUCCAUGUUUUAAAUGUAAUUUAAUGAAAUAAUUGUUUACCUACCGAAUAGAUAACACAGCGUAAAACAUAACCUACCAAAUACACAUACAAUAAAUAAUGUAUAAGCAAGACGAGACAAGGUUUUAACGACUUGGAAUUCAAAGUUUGUUGAUUUGGAAAUUAUCCAAAAAAGUUUCAAUUGCGAAAGUAGAUUUGUCAUCUCGCUUACUUACGAAUAGUGUAAUGAUUACUUACUGAAUUGAAUUAAAACAACAAGAUAUUUCAGCAAGAUUAUAUACUUAUGUUUGUGUUUAAAUGAAAACUCAAACGACUUGAGUUACUAGACAAUUCUCGUAGGCGACUUGUGGUUGUAGCAAGGUCGUGAUUACAUGUGCCGCACUUCUUAAAGUAAUAUUUAGGCCAUUUGUAUUCGGUUUACAGAUUCAGUCAAUUGGAUUUUAAACUUGAAUCUUAUUAAAUUGUAGACUAUUAUGAACGUUAUGUUUCUGCACAAAACAUUCAAAGCUUUAGUGAAACUGCCUUAAGAAAUAAAAUACAUAUAGCGGAUCAAGCGUAACACAAUGGUACCCAUGCGGGCGCACACAAAAGUUUAGUUUGACAGCUCCUAAAUUGUUGCCAUCCUUCACUUACAAUACGUGCAAGAAAGAGAUGCAGUUAGUUUGGGUCCAAAAUUAAGUUGGUGGUGGCCCUUUUUUUAUGACGUGACUUAUUGUAGAUUUGCCGCAGAUGGCAUUAACUACUUGGCCGGACAAAUGGGGAGCGCUGAAGGCUCUUACCCGGUACAACGUUUAAGACAACAGGCCUGAGGGUGCCCAGUUGGGCGCGAACCUCGGCUCAGGGCGUCGUCUGAGAGGAAAAAUAUUUGAAAGAAUUAAUCGACCCUAGUGGGUCGAUAGCGAUAAGCGCUUAAUGAGGGAAAUCGUCGACCACGCCGGCGGGGUCGGUAUCGGGGUCCUGAAGUGUUUGGUGUCGCGAGCUGAUUGGCUGCCUCUAUGGCUAGAGUAAUCGGGUCGUCGGGAUUGUAUUGUUGUAUUGUCCUUCGGACGGUUGGUGGUGGCCCGAAUCGGCAUCAUUAAGAAAUUCAAAGAAAAAGAUUGAAAAGACACUGAACGUUCUUCAUUUAAGAGUUUUAAACCGGUCAAUGACUAUGAAGAUAGAGGUUUCUCCGCUUUUUCCGGCCAAAUAGUGAAUACCAUCUGACACAAAAUAAGUCACGUGAAACAAAGUUUCUUUGCUCUGUAGUCGUCUCCACAUUAAUAGUGAUAUUAAAUCCUGGCCACCUGCUAGAUGUUUACUAUACAGAGACUGUGUCUAUUCUAUGGUUUUCGAACUUCGAACUACGGUCCCUCUUACCGCGUAACAGAUAAAUGCAAUAAUUGUAAGUACUUAAACAAUGUAUCACUGAUAAUAAUAAAUUUAUGGCAGUUGUUACGCUUGGUAUGCUGUCUACCGUAAGGUACGAUUCUUAAGGCGAUUGCAGAUAACAGUAACAUAAUCAUAGAAAUUUCAAUGUCUAUUGCUGCAAUUAGUCAUCAGCAAUUGCGUUCGGAAUCAUAUCUUAAGGCAUAACCAAGUGACCAAUAGGGAAUGGAUGAAAAAAUAUACGGCCGGAUUAUUGACCUAAUGGCGGGAAAAAAAACGAUUUUUACUUCUUUAAAACGAUUUUUUACUUCUUUAAAACGAAGUUUAUUCCGAUUCAUAGAAAAAUAUUUAAUUACUCUUUCAAGUAUUUUUUCAUCCAUUCCCCAUUCUUCUAAUUCUACACCCGCUAAAGUAUUACCCGCGCAAAUAAGGACACCUCGCAGUUCAGGACGCAUCGUCCAUAACACAAGAUAUUUAAUUCGGACGGGUUAUGUCAGCGAUUGUAGAAAUAGAAACAAUUUCCACUUGGCUAGGCACUCUGUAUUCAGAAAAAAAAACAUGUGAAUUGCUUUAUAAAUAAGCGUAGACAAUUCCGAGCUUGCUGCCGUCCAUUGCUACUCGUGUAAAUGUUGUUGUUAAAUGUCUCCUUUCUAAAAUUAUACUUUUCUUAUAAAUAAAUUUAAAAAAACUUGUUAAAAAUCUAAGCGUUGUGCUUAUGAUAUUCUAUUAAAUAGUUACGUUCAUAUGUUUACGAGAUCGUUCAAAGUGUUAAAAUGCUUUAUAAAUACCCUUUACAUAUUUACCAGCUUGAUAAUUUUGGCGUUGAAAUUUUGAUCUUGGCUUCAGGACUAUAAUGAAAAAUAUUCAUAACUUACACUAUAAAACAGGUUACAAACGCAUCCAUGCAUGAAAACAUAGAAUAUGUUAAAGAAUGAAACAUUGAGUGCGUUUUGAAAGAUAUGGUGCUGUGUACAAGUAUUUUAAUUAGUUAUUGUUGUGUAAUUAAUUGAGAUUUAGUUACGAAAAGCGAGAAAUAGCUAGAGACGGCUUAGAUAUGAGUUUAGAAGAAUGUAGAACACUAGAAUAGGCGAUUGUGUUGUCCCUGAGAAAAAUCCCUGACAAAAAAGAGUAUAAAUUGGCAAACAGGCAUAAUUGUAUUUUCAAUACUGGCAAUGAGUAGGUACUUUUUCAAGUAGACCUGAUUGGUUAACAAAGUUAUUCUAAAUUCAACUGAUUGAUUUCAUAAAUAAUAACAUUCCCAAUGAGGGACUUUCCAAACUACUUUCCCCAAACCAAUAUAGAUGGCGUUGUACAAAUUUAAUGUGAUAAUUACCUAUUUUCUCAUUCCUCGGGUACAUAAUUAUUCAAAAAUACAAUUUACUGACAGAAGCAUCAUAUAAAAAUAAUAAUUACUUGAUUUUUGGAUCACAUUAGGGUGCUACCAGACCAAUCGAUCGAUCAUCGAUCGACGGCAUCGAUCAACGUCGAUCGAAGUUGAUCGACUGGUCUGGUAACUUUAAUUGAUCGACAGAUACUGUUCGAUUAAGCAAUCAAACGAUUGCCGGGCGAUGACAAUAAUCGAUCCGUCGGUCUGGUAGAAACUAUCGAUCGACGUCGACUAUUCCAUUCUACCAUCGAUCGAUGGUCGAUCGAUUGGUCUGGUAGAAGCUAUCGAUCGACGUCGACUAUUCUAUUCUACCAUCGAUCGAUGCUGUCGAUCGAUGAUCGAUCGUUUGGUCUGGUAGCACCCUUAUGUACCUAUAUGUAGAAUUAUGUUGCUACCUAUAUUGCUACUCUUUAUUUUGAUCAGAAUAAAACAAAGAUAACAGAUCCAUAUAUCCAUGAAACGAAGGAAAAUCUGUACCAACCCAUCUAUAUUGUUUUUGAGGUACGUAGCCUACGUAUUACGUACUCUAGAAAGUCCCUCAUUCGGUAAAAUGGGCCGUCUUUUACUCUUUUUUGGCAAAUUAUAAGCAACUAACUACUUAGUCGGAAUAUUCUACAGCUAGAUCAAAAGGUUAAAGUUACUCAUAAAAUAACAUCAAUUUUAAACAGUUGUUUUGAAAAUUAGAUAAAAAUAUUUUUUAUACUGUAAUAAUUCGGAAAUGAGGGCAAACCUCUUUUUUUUAAGUAUACAGGGUGUUAGUAACAUCGUAACGAAUACUGAGGGGGAUGAUUCAGACCAUGAUUCUGAGUUGAUAUCAAGUGGAAUUUUCCGUCGCAAAAUUCAUGAUUUUUUUUUUUAGUUUUUUAAAAUUAUUUUCAAUUCUAUACUUUUGCGAUGAAAAAUUCCACUUGAUAUUAACUCAGAAUAAUCAGCUGUUUCAUCCCCCUCAGUAUUCGUUACAAUCAUACUUACACCCCACACAAGUACAUACUGUACCCAUACAAGUAGGUAUGGGUGUUAGUGACACCGUAACGAAUACUGACGGGGAUGAUUCAGACCAUGAUUCUGAGUUGAUAUCAAGUGGAAUUUUCAGUCGGAAAAAUCAUGAAAAUUUUUGUUUUUCCUUUUAUUAUUUUCUGUUCCAUACUUUUGCGACGGAAAAUUCCACUUCAUAUCAUCUCAGAAUCAUGGUCUCAAUCAUCCCUCAAAGUUUUCGUUACGACGUCACUAACACCCUGUAUAAUUAACAAUAUCAUAACAACGUAAUACCACCGCUGAACCCAACAAGAGUUUAUCUCGGUGUUAAAUUGAGCUUAAUACGAGUCUCAUUUACUAGAUGGCGCCACAUUGACAUGAGGUCUAUGAAGGGUUCUAUACGUCGUCACGACAACUUAUAUGUGUAUUCAUAUUCGUUACCUACCUCCCUUAAAGUUGUGUACCUCCUUUGUUGCGAAUGAUACAACGAGAAUAGUUAGCAAUAAAAAAAAUGUAUGCGUUUGCCCCCAUUUCUCGAUUCAGCCAUUAAAUUCUAAACGCUUUUGCGCACUGUUUCUUCCAUAAUUUUCACUGCGAGUUGUUCUAAAACGAAUUAUGUACGUAAUUAUAAUAAAAAUAAAAUACAUUUAUGAAUAGACAACGGCUUUUACGCACUGUGAGAGGAUGUGAGUUUGUGAUGUUAUUGUGUACGGUCACGAGCAUUAAUAUGUUUACACUUGGGUACCACGUCACAUUAACUUUUUUGACAAAUUGAACUGUAGGUCUCACUAAAUGUCAAAUAUGUUAGUGCGACAGAGUCCUAAGGUGGGUACAUUAUAUUGCUCAUGACUGUACAAAGUUUAUUUCAGUGAAUGUUGUUCUAUAAUUAUGUUAAAACAUUCUUUUGUACCGUGAUUGAAAGCAUAAAGCAAUAUUAUUUUGUUUAUUAA